UAAAGAUUACAAUUUACAUGUUGUGUGCCUAGUGGCCACGCCCCAGACGUCGCAAGACGAAAAAGGUCACCUUGUGGUAAGCAGACAAGAAUGAGUGAGAGAGACAUCACAACAUUGAAUCGCCAACUACUGAGCGCUGUAGGGAGCAAGUCACGUGAUGAGGUUGAACGUCUUGGAUCAAGGAGCUGAAGUUAAUGCGUGUAAUGAAGUUGGAUGGACUGUACUGAUGAAAGCUUGUAUGAAUGGCUCCAAGUCAUUAGUUGAGCUUUUGUUGUGUAGAGGGGCAGAUGUGAACAGAACUGGUAAAUGGGGUAGAACUGCUGUAAUGGAAGCAGCAUAUCAGGGUUAUGAUGAAAUCAUUGAAUUCUAUUUACAGCAACAGCUGAUGAUGAACAGAAGAAUGUGCUGUGAUGAUGAAGAAUCGACGUUGUCUUGCAAGAAAAGAUUUGUAGGAAACGCUAUCGCUGCUUUCUUCUGGAUCAGCUACGACGAAUUAUCAUCGGAACGAAAGAUGCUAGCAACGUACGGCUCAACGAAAUCAUGAUAAUCUCGUCCACCUCAGUAGUUAACUGCAAGUGAUGCAAGAUCGACCUCUACAGAAUCGAGCGCUGUACAAGAACAUAUUUACAGGUGUAAGUAGGACUGAUCGUUCUUGCAAGAAAGAUUCGUAGGAAACGUUAAGCUGCAUGCUUUCUUCUUGAUCUGAUCGCUACACAUGUUACUUCACAGUAUUUUCUGUGCACGUACAUCAAUCUCUAG